AAAAACAAAGUUGUCAAUGUCAUUCGUGUGUGUCAUUCUGACAUUAAAUAAUAAUUACAUCGUAAAAAAAUUCGUAUUUUAAUUCCGUAAUUUAAUCGACUUUUUAAGCCAUAAAAUAUGUCCGGGGAAUCUAGGCAUGUAUGGCGAAUAGUAUUCAGAAAUUUUAUUAACUCAUUAAGACCUAGGCAAAUCACAGGAAAUAGCAUGGGUAAAGAUUAUUUAGGAAAUGCAUACUUUGAAAUUCCUGCUGAUCCCCAAAGAGGUAAAAGGAAACCGACUCGUUGGUAUGAUCCACCAAAGGGCCAAGAUUUUCAGGAUCCCAUCCCAGCUGAAUGGGAAUCUUGGCUGAGAUAUAGGAGAUCUGAACCUCCAACAGAAGAAGAAAUAGCAAAGAAUGUAGCAAUAGCUGAACUUAAGAAAAUCAAUGCCUCAAAGAUUGAAGAAAAGCGCUUGGCAGAGGGAGGCUCCUUGCCCACUCCAGUGGAACGCGGAGCGCAGUCAUUUCCCACAUACCCAGAAUAUCACACUGGUCAUCCAGAGAUUCACCCUAAAAAUAAAGGCGACUAAGAUAAUAUGAACACUGACCUCAUUGUAAUUAGUAAAUGAAAGAAGUAUUUCAUUUGACCUCAUUAACAUUAGUUUGAGUUCUGUAGAUAGGUACUUAUAGAUGAAAUUAUAAAUGUUCAUAUUUUAAAUUUCAUUACUUUUUGGUUUGCUUUUUAGACUGAUAUCUGAUACUAAGACAGUUAUGCAAUUGAUUUGGUCACAAUAAUAAAAGUAAAGGUUUUAAAACCCCUAAAACAUUAUAAUAAUGAGAGAUGUAACUGAACUAUUGUGGCCUUUUUAAGAGUCCUAAUCCCAGUAACAUUGAGUUAAUUAUUUAUU